GACGACGUGUCUAUCCUGCACGGCGUGACGCUGGGCGGCACGGGGAAGGCUUGCGGCGACCGGCACCCCAAGGUCGGCGACGGGGUCCUCAUCGGCGCCGGGGCCAGCGUGCUGGGCAAUGUGCGCAUCGGCGCCGGAGCGAAGAUCGGGGCGGGCGCGGUCGUGCUUAGGGACGUGGCGUGUGGAACCACGGCCGUCGGAAACCCGGCGAAGCCGAUCGGGAAGAAGGCGGCGCCGUCGCUCCGGCCAGAGGAGCAACCAGGGGUGACCAUGGAGCAGAGGUGGUCGGACUACGUCAUAUGAAGUUCGUGUUACGUGUUUAGCGCAAGCAAGAGAUUUUCCCUCCAAAUGAUAAUGGAUCUGUGGAGUACUCUGUAUCUGUGGGUGGUUGACUACACUUAUCCCAGAGCUCAGUUAGACAUUGAGCAUGGAUCAGUCACAUACUGUCUUCUUUGUUUUUUAAAUGGAAUAAUGACAAUUCUAGUAGAUCA